UCAGUUUUCGUGUUGAGAAUUGAAAUUUUAUGGGAUAAUUGACUGCCCGAAAAUCGUAUAUCGAUUGUCAGUUCCGAGACAACGAGUUAUCGAACAGUCAACGACACGAUGAAUACAUUGUUCGACCGAAAAUUUGAUAAUGGAAGGCGAACCUUUUUCGAACAGUGAAAUCAGAUAAUUCCAUAGUCGAUCGAUUCGCUCCUUCUUCCGAGCUGAUUUCCUUCCAAAUGCCUUCCUGCGUCGUUCGUUGUCCGAUAGUAAUAGCCGAAUUGAGAAAAAGAGGUCAGUCAGUUUUUGAAAAAGAAUCCACCUAUGUUUCGUAGCUGUUUUCAACGAUUUCCACACGCGAACGGCAUUGUGCGUGCAUAUCUAUGAUACUUUGAGAGAUAAUUACAGCCUCUCGAGCACCGUGGGUCCAGAGAGAACAACCCUCGCCAAGAGUUCUAGUUCGCGCAACAGCGGACCAGGAUCGCGAUCACCGAGAACAAAGAACCGUCGAUGAAACGUUUGAAACAAGGUUAGAUUCGAAUCGGAGAAACGGUAACGAGACGGAAACCGUGGUCUCUGGCAAAGUAUCGAAGUCAAGUGGUACAGAGAAGGAUGAUUCGUCGGUUCGUUCUACCGGGAAAACAGGCUCUUCUCGACGAUUCUCCGACGUGAAUGCUACAGGAGGCGACGGCCGACGGCCUCGAAAGGACGCUUUCUCGCAAACCAUUCUCUGGAUUCACGAUCUUUGGAAGAUUGUGUAAAGUAACGUAAAAUCGUAUGAAACACAAGUAUAAUAUCAUCUUAUUCUAACCUUUAAGCAACGUACAUUUCGCGUUCUUCAAAGACGCUUUCUUCUUUACCGUUGAUACAUUAAUAUGCAACUUUUAGACAUAUCGAAGAAUGAGCUGGUUUGAUGCCACUGGAUUUGCCAAUUUGGCCAAAUCUGCUUUGAAAGAAGCUCAGAAAACAAUUGACAAAGCAUUGGAUAUCAAAGAAGAAGAAGAAGAGGAGCAAAAAUUGGCGGAACAUUGCUCGAACGACACCUCUGACUUUUUUGCAUCAUGGGGAUUAAAAAGCGAUGAAGGUACGAUUAUACACGACAAGAAUAAAGAGUCUAAACAAGAAGCGAGCAGCAGUAUAUGGGGUAGUUUUACUGGAUCUUUCUUCGAGUCUCCGAAAUAUAAAGAAGUAGGAUACGACCAGAAACGAAUUUCCGAAUCCAAAUCUAUGCAAAAUACAUUAAUUGGAAAUAGACAAGAAACGAACAAACUAACAUCUUCGCUAUCCUUUUCGGAGGUUUAUAUGAACAAACAACAAAAUCUGUUCAAAGACUUGAAACAUGUGGACGAGAACUGUGCAGAGAAAGGGACUGUUACCCCUGUGUCUAAGCAUUCCAGUCGACUAAAUACGAACACGAUAAAAGACGCAAUGUCCAAUAUGGAUGAUAAAAUUAAGGAAUGCGCGACGGGUAGAGGUCCAGUAACGUCAGGGUCCGCGAGAUGUUCGUUAGAAGAAAAUGGCGUUGUUACGGAUAAUAAAAACAGCCUGGAAAGUGGGCAAAAAAACGUGUGUCAACAGGAAUCGCUAAUCUACGAUGAUGACACGAAUGGAAUGUCAUUAGUAUCGACGGAAAAUGAUAAAAAGAGUCUGGAAAGUGUGGAAAUUCUAGGUUCUCAAUCAAACACGGAUUGUACUACUACUCCGGAGUCGGUCAGCAAUUCCAUUAGUAAUUCGGCAAGUCCAUCUGGUACGGAUGCUAAACUAAAUUCAGAAUCCGUGGAAAUAUUGCCAGACAGUUUGGUUACUUCCCCAAGUUCUGUGGAAAUUUUGGGAGAUUGGAAAAGCGAUAGUAGUCCGUAUUUAUCUCCGACAGAUCCGUUGCGUAGCGAAACGUGUUCCGCGUUGGACAGAGAAGACUCUGUGACACCUUGUUGGGAAAAUAGUCGUAUAGAACAGUUUUCUAUCAGGAACGAAAGCUACAGGCAUCCAUCGUCUUCCGAUGUUUCUCCGUACGAAUCUCCCGUGGAAGAAGCCAAAACGCCUCGUAACGAUUUCGGUGCGAGUAGCAUGGAGAAUGCACUCUCGAUAAAUGCAUGUUUCGGAGAAUCGGGGACACAUGGCAUAAGCAAAUUUUCGACGUUUUCCGUUGAACAACACUCGAAGAUUUGUCCACUGGAAAAUGUAGAAAGGUCGGCUUAUCCGGAUGAACCGGAUGAAACGAGUUUAGCCGAGGACUCUUAUGCUUCUGCCUCGGAGAGUACCGUUGCAACCGUAUUCGAAACGGUUCAACAAAACACCGAUCAGAGUAAAAUUGAGAUAGAAAUUCCCGCAAGCGUGCCUUUCAGUGGAAAAAUGAACGACUCUUGUUUGGAUCAAACUGUUAAAGAGAAAUCGAGUUUACAUCUGCCAGUUGAAGUAAUCACGAUCCAACCUUUUCGUAAAUCGACCGAAUACAUUGAUGGUGCUGGUAAAGGGAUCGAAACGGAGAGAAAAAAUAUCGACUCGCUAAUAAAUACCACUAUAGAACCAGCAGAACCGGAACAGGGACAGGGACAGGAACAGGAACGAGAACAGGAACAGGAACAAGAGCGGAAACUGGAACUGGAACUGGAACUGGAACUGGAACAGAAACAGAAACAGAAACAGAAACAGAAACAGAAACAGAAACAGAAACAGGAACGGGUACCGGAACCGGAAUCGGACUCGGAAUCGGAACCCACGCACAUACCGAUACCAAUAUCGAUAUCGCUACCUCCCGAACGUUACUCCACUGUCGAACAAGUUACGUUGCCGCAUCCAUUCAAGUCCGACACGAUGAAUAUCGUGGAUCAUCAUUUAAUAUCGACGGAUUCGAGUUGCGAAGGGACCUUGGUGGAAAGCAAUUCGGAAGAUAAUUCCUCGAUGACUCAUAAGUCGGAAGGAAAAAUGGUGGAACCACCUUUGACGGCUAGCUCUUACGUAAAAACAAUGUUGGCAGAUGCAAUGAUCGAAAAGGUCGGUGAAAUUGUGGAGAUGGAGGGGCAGGGUACAGAUAUGCCACGAGAAAAUUCGCCCAUUUCUUCGGAAAGUCGGUCCGACUUGGUGAAAAUUGGCUCGGAUCAAACUAGCGGUCACACGAGUGGGGACGAGUUGGAAACAACAACUUCCAGUGAUAUCGAAAUCAUAUCCAGGUAUAGUCCGAACGGCGAUUCAAGCUCGACGCAGUCACGCCAGAGCGUGAUGAGGUCGCAGUCGGCGAAGGGUAGCGAUCUCUUGACCAAAACUUUAAAAUCCAGAGGACAUUCCAGAGAGUUGAGCGAAAUUAGCGUGGGUUCGGACGAAGCGAAUCUCGAGAUAGAAACGUUGCUGAGACGCAUACAAGAGAUGACGGAAAUAUUAGAGGCACGAGAAUCGAAGCUUAUCGACGUUAGUAGAAUGAACAUGGAAUUGCAAGAACAGAAUAGUCAUUUUAAAAAGCAGCUGGACAACUUUGAGAGAUACGCGGAGCAAAGUCAAAACUUGAAUCAAAUCGCCGACGAUUACACCCAACGAUUGUCCGCGUUGGAAAGAAAGUUUCAACAAGCCAUACGAGAACGAGAUUCGUUACGGAAACAGUUGGAACAGUUGAAAGUGGAAGCUGCUACGCGCUUAUCGUCUCAAGAGAUGUACACGAUAAGCGCCGAGAAGGACGUGAUCAUUAGAGAAUUAAGGGAGGAAGGCGAAAAACUGAGCAAACAACAGCUUCAGCACAGUAACAUUAUUAAAAAGUUGCGAGUCAAGGAAAAAGAAAAUGAUGCUUUGAUAAAAAGUCAAAAAAUAUUGGUAGAAGAGCAAACAUUGGAACUGGAACGUUUGAAGAAGUCGUUGCACGCGAAAGAAGAAGUCGAAAGAACUCAAAUAGAGGCUGUCCAUACGUUGACAGCGAAAACGAGGAAACAAGAAAAAGAGAUUUUAGCUUUACAAGAUAAAUUGGAUACCGCUCUACACAAGAUGGACGCUUACAAGAAAAGUUUGGACGCGACGAAAAUGGAUCUAACUGAAACGAAGAAACUGUUGCAAGCAACGGAAGCGGAACUGAAAGAUGCCUCGAGUAACGCUGGGGAAUCGUGUCAGCUUCUCGCGCAAGUGGAAGAGUUGAAAAUAAAAUUACGGGAAUCCAAGGAAAUGCACGCUAAGAAAGAGGAGUUUUACAAACAUGAAAACAACGAGUUGUUGAAACGUUUAGAAGCGGCUGAGGCCAGAAGCGAAGAACUCUCGGAGUCGGUAUCGACAGCCACGAAACCUCUGGUGAGACAAUUGGAACAGCUUCACGCGAAUCUGUCGCACAAGUGUAGCAGUUUUAUGAAGCAAGAGAAAGCGUUGUCGGAAAAGAAUAUCGAGUUGCAGACAAAGGUGGAACACUUGACAGAGGCGAAUCGCUACUUGAAGGAAGAAACCGUCAAUUUCAACUUGAAAUUAUCUCAGUUGGAAUCGAAGCUUGCUGCUAAAGAGAUCGAGAUACAGCGACUGGAAGAAUCUUGCGAUGGAUUAACGAUAGAGAAGGAGAGACUGACGGAAGAAACAGCCCGGUAUCGACGAACGAUGGAGACGCACGAACAGUCGCAUUCUUCGCAAAUAAUGGAGCUGAACAGGGAGAUUGUGGCGUUAGAAAACCGAUUGGCCGUGGAAAAGACAGCCACGGAUGCGGAGAAAAGGAAGAAUCACACGAUGUCGGAACAAAGGCGAAACAUUGAUCGUAACGAACCUCGGAAUUCUCCGAUCGCCGAAACCACCAGUCAAGUUUCUUCAAACGCGAUGGAUACCAUUUGGCCGCUGUGCGAUUCUGGCGCUGUCGACGACGACAACACCGAAAGAUACGCGAUGAUGUACGACAGCUUUAGAACAGGCUCGAGUAGCACGUCUAUAUUUGAAAACCUGCAAGCACAGUUGAAACAGAAAGAUGGUGAAAUACAACAACUUCAGUGGGAAUUGUCACGGCGAAAUGUAGAAAGAGAUGCGCUUAAUGCCGAAUUGUCUACGUUGACCUUGACGGUCGAGGAAUUGAAUAACAAGGUUGCGCACGUUACAGUUUUAAACGAGAAUCUGCAAGACAUACAGACGCGAUACGACGCAUUGUUGCAAAUGUGCGGUGAGAAAAUGGAGGAAAACGAGGAGUUGCGUUUAGAUCUUCAAGAUGUGAAAGAUGUUUACAAAACUCAGAUCGAUCAACUGAUGAAAGAAAACACCUGAAGUUAUUCGUAACGAGCAAAUUGAAUUUCAACGAUACACAUACGUAUAUCGCCGCAGUUUAUUCUAAUAUGGUGUGUUGUCGCAUACUUGGGUUGUUACAAUGAUCACAACUAUACCGGGAUUCGUUGGAAAGGAUAAGAUUUAUAGUUUUGCAACAUUUGCUAAACAACCGGGAUUCAUAGUCUUUCAUUAUUAUUGCGUUUCGCGUACCUUUGACGCGAAUGCUUUGGUUAUUUACCGCGAAUACUUUUGAGAGAAGGGGUGCAACGAGUGUGUUCGAUGAGAGACACGCGAGAAACAAACGUUGUGAUACAAAGUGUAAUAUAACGAUGAAAAUUUACAAUAUUGUAAUAUACAGUUGAAUUGCAAUGUAAUUUAUUAAAAAAUUUACGUUCACUGAAAGUUGGACCUUUCUUUGUAGCCAUACACAAUUAGAAGAACUAAUCGAAGGACUGAAAUUCUUUCCGGAUCCGUUAUAACCGUCGCAUACAUAAAUAUUACUACCGUGUAGUUUGUUUAAAAGAUGUAUCGAAAUUACGCUGGGAACGGUGAGAGAGAAGCGAAGUGAUUUCUCGAAACGGUUAAACAUUUCUCGAGAGAAGGAACAGAAAAGGAGAAUGAAAUGAACAGUCUACAAGUACAGAAAAUUAUAGGAGCGGUAUACGUUGUACUAAAAAGAAGUUGGACGAAAAUGAGUUGCAGGUAAAAAUAUUUUACAAACUGUAAUUCAGUCGAAUGAAAUAUAUCUCUUCUAUUAUUUUUUAUAUAUAUGUAUUGUAAAUUUUAUUGGUUACAAAGUGUGACCUUAUCUCUGCUCCUGUUCCCCGCAACGAAAAAGGUAAAUGAAACACAGGCAAAGGGGGAAGGGAAAUGCGAAAUGGUUGAGCAUUAUGAUAAUUGCUUUUUAUAAUUGGUAUUUUUUAUCCUUAAUGAGAGACAAACAAGAAAACAAAUUUCUUUUGAUCGAAUAUCUGUAACAGCAUCAUAGUUGUUUUUCUCUUUCGGUGAUUCUUUCUUUGAGAAGAGCAAUCAUGGAUCGGCGAUCGAUUAUUACGACUGUUUCCGUAAGGAUGCAGCAAUAUAAAUAUAAAUGUAAAUAUAAAUAGAAAUGUAAAUGUAAAUGAAAAUGAAAAUGAAAAUGUAAAUGUAAAUGUAAAUGUAAAUGUAAAUGUAAAUGUAAAUGUGUACAUGUACAUGUAAAUAUAAAUAUUAAUAAUCGA